UUAUUUUAAAUUUUUAUCCAUUUCUCUGUAGAUUUUACAGUAAUUCUUCCAAGAUUUUUUUGUGAACAAUGAAUAGAAAACGCUCAAAAGAAGACGUGGGUGGGUUUAAUGAUCUCCCAGCAAAGCGUCCUGGAACCAGUCAAAACUCGAUACGUGCGGCACUUGAAGAGAAAUUAGAAAGAUCUCCGAUAGAAGACCUAGAAUUACAACUGGAACAGCCUGAAAUUAAUGUGGAAGAGGUCGGAAGAAUCAUUGCCGAUGGAAUAAUUGAAAAAACACUGGAUGACGAAAAACUGAAGGAGCUAACACUAAAAUUCGCAAAAAAUGUGCCAACUAUGGCGAAUAUUAGCAUUUGGAAUCUGUCCGAAGAGCUGAGCACUGGAACAAUUGAUAGUAGACUUGUAGUCAUUGGAAAUGCAUUUCUGUGGAAUUUGCUCAAAACUUCAAUGUCAAGCAUUCGCGAGAAAUUUGAAAAUUAUAAAUUCAAAAUUCACACAAUGAGUGCCACGUCAUCAUCUCUACAGUCCAUAGACUUCUCAUCUUCACGUAUCCGAGCCGGCGAGCAUUGUAUCCAGGAAACUGAGAUUUUCCGGAAAAUGGAUCUUUUAGAAAUCUAUAAUUCUGUGGUUUUUCGAAAAAGUGGAGAUUUGAACGGGAAAAGCAAGCAGAUUAUCAAGAAUUACUUUGCUGUGGCAUGCCAGCCAAAAUGCGCAAUUUGGCACUACAGCCUCAGACAAAGCGGUACUUCGCACAAAAAAUGGCUUCAGGACAUUCCACCGCAUGUUGUGCACACUUUGCUCCAUUUCCUGAUCUGCCUGGCCGGACUUGGAGCCCCGGAGCUCGACCAAACUUUCGAAGAAGCUACCGAUUCUAGCGACUACGUGGAGUCUCUUGGCGACACAAAUGGAGCCCGUGAGGUGGCAUUUGAGACUCUAAAGUCGACCCGUGAACAACUUUGCUCGAAAUUCCGACAAUGUGUGACUGAUGCUUUGAAUGAAGCCCGAGAAAUGCCGUAUAACACUGUCACAAGAGAGCUUAUGGCGCCUCCGCGCGGAAAACCAGUGGAUAUGCAUCAUUGUGUGACGUGGCGCCAGUACGAAAGCCUCAUCAGACGAUGCGAUACGAAUCCGUCGAAAGAGAAUUUAGAGGCGAAACAAGACUUGGACUUCAAACUCAUGUUCACAAUCUACCAGCCACGUGCCGACGAUGAGGAAGCGGAAAUUGAUGUUAAGAAUUGAUUUUUUUUUGUGUUUUUCGAAUAAAUGUUAUGAUUUU